AUGGAAAGUUACAAAAGAGAUGAAAGUAAACAUAUGCAUUUUCUUAGUAAUGUUAAUUCGAAGAAAAAAUUAAAUAUCGUAGAAAAAAAACGAAUACUGGAAAAAGUGCACAUAUUGCCCAUAAAAAAAAAAACGUCAAAUGCAGAUGCACUCUAUAGAAAACUGAAUUUAUUAAUAAAUGAAAAAUGUGUUCUGCAUGAAGGGUUCAUAAUUGAAGCAGAUGAGGAAAGGAAAAAUGCAAGAGAUGUUGUGAAGGGAGUAAUAAAUGAAAAUUUUCAUGAAACGAGAAAGAAAGAAGAUAUAACUACUAAGGAUAGAAACAAAUCUGUAUGCACAAAUCAAUUCGAAAAAGAAAACCUACAUAGCACUAAAAAUGGAUCUACCCUCAAGGAUGACCCAUGGGAGGUCUCACAUGAAAAGAAAUUGAACAGCUUCGAGACUGAUACAUUGUCUUUAAGAGAAGAGAACAAUAAAAACACAUAUAACAAUAAUCAUAUGUCCUUAUAUGACGAAUACAAGAACAAUCAAUUGACAGAAGAAAAAUCUCAUUAUAAUGAAAGCGUUUGUUAUUACGUUGUUGUAAAUUGUAUACCUACAAAAGGAAUUAUUAAUCGUGAUACUUUAAUUUACACUGAUGGGAAAUGUGUGGACAAUUUAAGAAAAAUUCAAUUAAUAAUAAUACGAGAUAAACACUAUAAAAAAUAUGAGAAAAAAUUAAAAAGAAAAAAUUUUUCUUUAAAAAAAUAUAUAUUUAAAAAGGGCAAUGAAUUUUUUAAUGAAGCUAUUUCUCUUAUUUCAUUCCCCUUUGACAGUUUUUCAAGUAAGUAUAAUAUAGAAAGGGUGAAUUACCACUCCAAAUUGGGGAAUAAAAAUGAAAUGGUUAUCACUACAACUGAUACUGCUAUGAAAGGAAGAAACCUGGUGCUUGAAAAAAUUUUGUCGACCUAUUUGCAUCCCUACUUCAAGAAAAAUAGGACUAAUCUAUUUUACUCUGGAAAGUUAUUUAUUAUAAACAAUUUUUCAUUCCUUGUUGUUAAGAUAGAUUCAGAUGUUAAUGUAGGUUUCGUGGAUAGCUCUACGGAGAUAUGCUUAAGCGUGGAUUCGUAUGACCCUUUCAGAAAUGUACAUAUUGUACCUCUGUAUGACACAUUGCCAACGACAUAUAAUUAUGACAUAUUUACAGAUUACAUUAAACCUUACAUUGAAAGACAUUAUAUAAAUUUGUUUUCGAUUCACGAUACGUUUUUUUACAAAGGUGUACAAUUCAAAAUUAUGGGAAUCGAUCCAAUAAAUAUAAAAAAUGGUAGGGGAAGAAUUAGCUGUAACACAUUUAUAUACACUACAGGGUCAAUUAAACCUACUUUUUUUGAUGUUAUUUCAAAAGAAUCCAUCAAUUAUAUUCAGUGUUUACCCUUAGAAUACAAGCCAUAUGCUGUUUUAAACAUUCUGCAACAAUUAGAUGCAGAUUCUUUGUUAAGGUUAUUCCCAUCAACUAAUACAAAUUUACAAGAAAAUUCAAAAAAUGAAGAACUUAUAUUGAACCAAUUGGCUAAAUAUAAAUAUAUAUAUAACAAUCACAAACAGAACAACAGUAAUAAUGGUAAUAUGUUGCAAAAUAUAGAUGCACAACAAUCUCAGAUUCAUAAUCAUGUUGAAAAAAACACUACUGUAAAUACUACUAAUAAUAACUUAGUAAAUGAACAGUGUGCUGUCUGUUUCGAAUACUUUCACGAUUAUGAAAAGUGUAUCAAGUUGAAUUGUUUCCACACCUACCAUUGGAAAUGUGUAAAGAAUUGGUUCAGAUUUAACUUAACUUGCCCUUGCUGUCGACGCCAGAUUUCCCUUUAG